UUUCUCCAGUGGAGGGAGUAGCUGCCACGGCACAAAAAUGCAGCAUUUCACCAGCCCUCGACUAAUAAUCGGGUAAACCACAAUUUUUGUUAAAACACUGAUGUCGAACAUGCUCCCCUGUUAGCGUGGUCCAUGCAUGAUCGGAUCUUCUCGGCCUUGAGUGGGCGAGCAAACGCGAGGAGCUCCAGCGUCGCCAAAUACGAUGGCAUCUCCGUGGUAGGAUGAGAAGUCCAGUGCCACGUUUCAGGGACGUCGAGAGGCAGGCCAGUGGCCUGGAGCCCGCACACUGUCUUCCUCCCUGUCAUGAGCGACAGAACAACAUGUGGUUCAUCAGAGAUGCCUGCGGCAUCGUUUGUGCGAUCAUCACCUGGCUUCUCGUCGUCUUUGCCGAGGUUGUUGUGUUGUUCGUCAUGCUGAUUCCUUCAAAGAGCCUUACCUACAGCCUGUUGAACGGCACCCUCUUCAACAGCCUGGCCUUCCUCGCCUUGGCGUCUCAUUUCAGAGCCAUGUGCACCGACCCGGGAGCCGUGCCAAAGGGAAACGCCACUAAGGAGUACAUCGAGAGCCUGCAGCUGAAGCCUGGCCAGGUGGUUUACAAAUGUCCCAAAUGCUGCAGUAUCAAGCCGGAUAGAGCUCACCACUGCAGUGUUUGUAAGCGCUGUAUACGGAAGAUGGAUCAUCAUUGCCCUUGGGUAAACAAUUGUGUGGGGGAAAAUAACCAGAAGUACUUUGUGCUUUUCACAAUGUACAUUUUCCUGAUCUCUCUGCAUUCCUUGGUCAUGGUGGUCUUUCAUUUUCUCUACUGCUUUGAAGAUGACUGGACAAAGUGCAGUACCUUCUCCCCUCCAGCCACUGUCAUCCUCCUCAUCCUCCUGUGCUUUGAGGGCCUCCUCUUCCUCAUCUUCACCUCUGUGAUGUUUGGCACCCAGAUCCAUUCCAUCUGCACAGAUGAGACGGGCAUAGAGCAGUUGAAAAAGGAAGAGAGAAGAUGGGCUAAAAAAACAAAAUGGAUGAACAUGAAGGCGGUAUUCGGACACCCCUUCUCGAUAGCAUGGUUUAGCCCGUUUUCCACCCCCGACCACGGGAAAGCUGACCCCUACCAGUAUGUGGUCUGAGCUCAGGAAGCUUUAAGCUAGAGACUCGAGUGCACUUGGACUGACCUUAUAAAACAGCGUCUUUUAAUUUGUUUGUAACCCCGACUUGAGCAGAGCAUUUACCAGUGAGACGAUAUCACCUUCCUCUUCUUUUUUUUCAGAGAACAAAUCAUUGCAUAUCCAAUUAUCCUUGCCUCUAUUUAUUUCAAUUAAGAACAGAAAGCCGAUCCUUUAUCAUGUCAUAAUCUCAAGCAUCUCUGCCUAGCUACACCGAAAUGAAGAUGAAUGUUGCGCAGAUAAUAGAAGCCAAUUUAUGCUAAUAUAAUCACUAUUGUAAUCCUGCCAGACUGUCCACAAUGAUAACCUACUUUCUGAAGGUGCUUUUAAAUAUUCUGUUAAUUCUCUAUACCUAGCUACAGUAUAGUACUCCAGCCCUUUCCUGGUUAACGAUCUAAGAGCACUGACAACCAUUCUCUAAAAUGGUUUAUUAUGCAGAUCAAAUUUAUUAUACAGAUUUGGGGUCGUUUAUACCAAGGACCAUAACUGUAAUGAUAACUAGAAAUCAUUCUAAUUCUAUGAAAAUAGUGAAGUCCAUACCACACCGAGGAACAGUCUCAUUGGAAUCACUCUCAGAACUAAUUUAACCAGCUCAUGAAUUAUUGAAAACAUUGACAGCCAAUCGGAAUCCACCAGACUUUAAAGAGAUCAAACAUUUAUAAGCACUUCUUAAAAACAGAUCCAUCAUUAUAAUUCUAGUUAUCCUUAUAUGUAUCAUUCUUGGUGUGAACAGGCCUUAAAAUUAUUGACUUAAGCUGUAUAAAAAGUAGUAUAUAAACAAUAUAGGAUGCUUAAAGGUGCUGUAGGGAACUUUUGUAAAAAAAUUUUUUUACAUAUUUAUUAAACCUGUCAUUAUGUCCUGACAGUAGAAAAUGAGACAGAUAAUCUGUGAAAAAAAAUCAAGCUCCUCUGGCUCCUCCCAGUGGUCCUAUUGCCAUUUGCAGAAAGUCAUGCGAUCCCGGUAAAAAACAACCAAUCAGAGCUGCGGUCCGUAACUUUGUUUGUGUUCAAAAUGUAGAAAAAUUUAUAUAAUAAGCGAGUACACCAUGAAUCCAUUUUCCAAACCGUGUUUUUAGCUUGUCCUGAAUCACUAGGGUGCACCUAUAAUAAGUGUUUAUAUAUAUAUUAUUUUAGAUUGCUUCGGGGAUACCGUGGCGGAGUAACCCAGUACCUUUGUGAUUCUUCAUAGACAUAAACAGAGAGAAGUAGUUCCGGCUACGAUGUUCUUCCGCAAGACGCAAGCAGUUCUGUUUAUUAACCGCUAGAGCGUCAAAAGUUCCCUACCGCAGCUUUAACAGGGGUAUAAAUAUGUUCUGACAAAACUUGGAUUCAAGUGAUUCUAUACUAAACAAUGCAUUCAUAAUCUGGUUUGAUUAUUUUAUUUUUAAAUAUGGUAAUUAACAGAAAUGUAGCUAAAGGGACCGUUCAUACUGUAAAUGAAUACUGACUAAGCAAUACACUCGCUUUUACAUCGACAAGUAUUGCACAACAGAAUUAAUCUAUUAUUAAAUUCCAUAAUCAGUCAGAUAAUAAUUCUAUUGAAAUGAUAAAGACUUUAUAAAUGUAAAAAAAAAAAAAAAGUGUUUUGAGAUAUUAUGGGUACAUUUGCUGUUAUACAUACGAUUUUGAGUGAUAACAGUACUUAUGUUACUCAUCAGAUUUACUUGUAUUUUUUUUUUUUAAGAGCUGAUUCACCCGGUAUGUUUCCAUAAACCUGGUUUGCAGAAAUGUUUAAGAAAGGAACAGGCUUAAGAAAUGUGUGUGUUCUCGACAACUUAAUUGAUUCACCAUUGUUUUGGUUAAUUGCAUUUUACAUUUUAUUAAUGUACAUUUUUGUUAUGAUGAACGGAUGAUAUGUGCUUGAACUUUAAAUGUGUAUGAAGAAGACAAUCAUUCUGUUCUUCUCUGACAGAUGGUAAAUUAAAAACAUGAACACUC